CCAAGUAAAGUUUCGAGCGCCGUGGAAGAAAAAAAAACUAGAUAGAGAAAAAGACUACGUCGGAAUUAUUUUGUAGGCUUGACUGCGUAGUCUGAGUCUCAAAUAUAGCCAUGGCAGGAACUGCCGGCAGCAUAUCCUCUUCUUCAUCUGCCACCCUCACUCACACCCCCGGCAUGGCCUUCCUCUCCAACUUUACCGACUCUUCCAAACCUGGCGCCGCUUCCGACAUGCUCGCUCUUUUCGAGGCCAUCAAGUCGGGCAACCGCCACGGUUUCCUGCAGCCCACUGCCUCGGUCUCCAAUGCCUCGCUGCAGCUGGCCAAGGCCACGCUCGACGCAUACGCAGGCCAAGUAAGCGACGAGCAACAACAACGACAGAGAGAGGCCAACAAGAAGAGGAAGCGCGCCGAUGGCCCCGCCGAGAAGGCCGAUGUCCUCAAGAUCCGGAAACUGCACAUUGAUGGCUUUGAGAACGGUCAGGUCUGGCAGCAGGCGAGGAGAAUCAUCUCGAGCGCACUCCAAGACUCUGAAGACAUACUGGAAGACCUGGAGCUUAGCAGCGACACCAAAACCAACGGCGUCAAUGGUCAUGCUGAAGAGCUCGAUUCCGACGCAGAAGACUCCGCGUCUGACUCCGACGAAGAGGACCUUAGCGGGGAAGACGAAGACUUCUCUGGCGAGGAGAUGAGCGGCCUCCUCGACGGGGAGGUUGAAGAGGAUGAAGAGUCUCUGGCCGAGGAUGGUGAAGAGGACAUUGAAGACGAAGACGACCUAGAAGAGGACCUCGAUGGUGAUUUCAGCAAAUUCGACGACGAGGAAGCCGAAGGCGAAAGUGACGACGAAGAGGACGAGCUCGUUGAGGACCCCAACGGUCUCAAUGAUGGUUUCUUCAAUAUUGACGCCUUCAACAAGCAAAGUCAGUUCUUCGAAAACCAGGAUGCCAGAGCCGAUCCCAACACAGACGCCGCAAGCGACGAUGACGAGCUUGACUGGCACACAGAUCCUCUCGCAGCAAAACCUACAGCUAAUGGGAAACGGUCAAAAGGUGGAGAUGAUGAGUCUGAGGAUGACGGUCUUAAUGUUGAAGAAGAGGAAGACGACGACGAUGAAGAGGGUGGCCCUACUUUCGGCGACAUGGACCUAGAUGCGCCCGAGGGCGAAAGCGAUGCGGAAGAGGACGACGAAGGGGAGGAGGACGUGGCAGGCGGUAUGGAGUUCAAUGCCAACGACGUCUUCUACAAGGACUUCUUUGCGCCACCCGCCAAAAAGGGGUCGAAGAACGGAAAACCGCGGAAACCUAGAGCACCCAAAUAUACGGCACCGGAUGACAGGGACAUUGGUCGCGCCAUGGAAGACGUCAAGAGGGAUCUUUUUGAAGACGAGUCCGACCACGAGAACUCGGAUGACGCACUUUCAGACGUAUCCGCCGGUGAUGUCAGGUCUCGAAGGUCAGCGCACGAGAGGCGACAGGCCAAACUAGCUGAAGAGAUCCGCAAGUUGGAGGCUGAAAACGUAGCGCAGAAGAAGUGGACUCUCAGUGGUGAGGCGUCUGCUACGGAGCGACCUAUGCACUCGCUUUUGGAGGAAGACAUGGACUUUGAGCACGUCGGCAAACCAGUUCCUGUCAUCACACAGGCCGUCAGCGAAAGCAUUGAGGAUAUGAUCAAGAGACGAAUUCUGGCGCAGGAGUUUGACGAGGUUCUGAGGAGGCGGCCGGACACUGACGGAGCAGCCCAUACCCGACGUGGUCUCGUCGAACUUGACGAUGCGAAGAAUAAGCAAAGUCUUGCCGAGAUGUACGAGGAGGAGCAUGUCAAGAAUGCCAACCCGGACGCAUACGUCAGCAAGGCCGACGAAAAGCUCCAGAAGGAGGAGAAGGAAGUCGAACAGAUGUGGAAGGAGCUCAGCGCCAGCCUUGAUGCUCUCAGCAGCUGGCACUACAAGCCGAAGCCCGCGGCUCCAUCUCUCACGGUCGUGGCCGACGUGGCGACGGUCAGCAUGGAAGACGCCCAACCCGCUACAGCCCAAGGUGUCAGUGGCGGCGACAACACGCUCGCACCACAAGAGAUCUACAAGGCUAGCAAGGACAGCGCAGAGAAGGGCGAAGUUGUCGGCAAGAGUGGCCUGCCAGUUGCCCGACAGGAGCUCAGUCGUGAAGACAAGACGAGAAGACGCAGAAGGACCAAGGAGAGAAUCCGCAAGGCUGGUGGCAUUGACGAGAAAAACCUCUCUGGCAAGGCGCAGGCACAGAAGCAGAACCUUGCCGACCUCAAGAAGGGAGGCGUCAAGGUCAUCAACAAGAGGGGAGAAGUCCUCGAUGUCGAGGGCAACAAGGCAAAGGCAGCCAAGGCUCUUCAGAGCAGCAACUUCAAGUUGUAGAUAUCAAAAUUGUAGCAUUGCAUUUGCACGGAGCGAAGAUAAACCCAAGGAGAAUUCGUACCAACAG